AUGGCUGAGGGAUUGGACACAGGAGAUGGAGAAGGAGACCAAAAAGACCUUCCACCUCACCCGUGGCCUUAUCUGAAAGAAUUCUUUGAAAUCGUCGGAAGCAAAAACGACUCGUUUCAAAUGCAGUGCAAACUCUGCAUCCCGAAGACGCACGUCCUUCUGGCUUUCAAAAACUCGCCGUCAAAUUUGAAAAAACAUAUAGAGAGAAAACAUGGUAAUCAUCUCGAAUGCUACAAAGCCCUAACUUCAACGGCCCUGAGGAGAAAGGCUGAAGGAACACCUGAGCAAGGCCCACCAGCACCCAAACAAUCAAAAUUGUUCAACAGCAGGUCGGUGUCCCAGGCCAGUGUCGAUAAAAAAAUCCUCAACUUUAUUGUGCAAGGUCUACAUGCAACCAACACAGUGGAGCAGCAGGGGUUCAAAGAGCUGAUUCAGCAUCUUCAGCCAAAUUUAAAUGUCAUGUCACGUAAUACCGUUGUGAACAAAAUUCAGAAAAUGUCUCUGGAAAUGAAGAACAACCUGAAGGCAGCAAUGAGUAAAAUUGACUACAUAGGCACGACAACUGACUGCUGGACAGCAUAUAGGAGAGGCUUUCUGGGCGUAACAGCCCAUUGGAUUGACCCUACCACCAUGACCAGACGGUGUGCUGCCCUAGCUUGUAAGCAGCUGAAUGGGCCCCACACCUUCUCUGCCCUUGCCAGUGCAUUAAACGAAGUUCAUUGCGAAUUCAACAUCCGAGACAAAAUCACGCGCACUACGACUGACAAUGGCUCCAAUUUCAUAAAAGCUUUUAAGCUGUAUGGACAGACUGAUGAAAACAACAACCCAGGUGCUUGUUUUGUUGAGGGUGGUGAAGGCAAAGAUGACGGUGGUGAAUCCAUUGAUGAGGAAUUGGAGAGUGAGGGCAUGGAGUUAAUCGAUGCUGGAGCGAUACUUGAUGAAGCUGAAGAUGACACCCUGGAAUACCAACUUCCCAGGCACCAUCGCUGUGCUUGCCACCUACUUAAUUUAGUGUCAACUGUUGAUGUUGAGGAGGCCAAUGUCAACAGCGCCUACAAGAGGGUUUCACGCUUAGCCUUUUCAAAGUGUUGGGGACUUUGGAACAAAAGCGCAAGAUCUACCACAGCAGCAGAGGUUAUCGAAAAGAACUGCAAACUGCAACUAGUGAGGCCGAAUGCUACAAGAUGGAAUUCCAUGUUCCUGGCGGUGGAGAGGAUCAUCAGAAUAAAAAGGGAGCAGGGAGAAGGAGCCAUCACAGCUGUAUGCAGCGCACUGAAGAUAGCCAUGUUCACACCUGUGGAGCUUGCAUUCCUGGCCGAAUACACAAAGACCAUGGCCCCGGUGGCGAAGGCCCUGGAUGUGCUGCAGGGAGAGACGAAUGUGCAGAUGGGCUGGUUGGUGCCAACAAUCACAAUACUCAAGAAUAAGCUCCAGAGCCUCAGCAUUUCCUCCAAGUACUGUAGGCCUUUAAUCGAUGCUCUACUAAAAGGCCUUGAGAAGCGAUUUGAACAAGUCCUCAAAGAACCAGAGCUAAUCGCUGCUGCAAUCCUCGUGCCCAAAUUCAAGACAGGCUGGACAAGUGACGAUUGCACCCUGACACUUGGUCUUGACUACAUUAAAAGUCACUUGAAAGACCAAACUGAGGAGGAUCAAGUUGAGAGCUCGCCGUCUUCUUCAGAGGAGGACUUCUUUUCUUCAAUCAAGCAGGCCAGUUCCCAAGAAAACGCCAAACAGCUGGAGACUUACCUUGGCUCCCCAGGUGAUACAAUGGAUGCACUGAAGUCUUUCCCAGCAAUUUGCACCCUUUCCCUCAGGCUUAACACUGCACUCCCAGCCUCAGCUGCAUGUGACAGACUGUUUAGUGUAGCGGGACUGAUCUUCCGUCCAAAAAGGGCACGUAUUGAUCACAAGAACUUUGAGAAUCAGCUUCUUUUGAGGCUCAACAGAGCAUUUUGGUAGUCUGAAUGGGUAUGCUGUCUUCCUUUCCAUAAUGGUGCACACACCACACACCGUCAUACUUCUUGACUGUCCAGGUUUUAUGGUCCAUUGUUUGAAGGGUUCUAUGAACCCCUUCAUUACAUUGAUAUCAUUACACACACACACACACAC